UUACUGAGCUUCCUGCCUGAAGGUCUGUGGGUGAAAGGCCUCUGGUCCCCUCAGGCAGUCUACCAUGGAGCUCCACCACGCAGCGCUGGUCACCGUGUUCCUGCUCACUCUGCUCUCAACCCAGGGUCUCUGCAGGAACGAGGAGGAGCGUCUGAUCAACUACCUGUUCAAAGAGAAAGGAUACAACAAAGAGCUGAGACCCGUUAAGAAACAGCACGAUGUCGUCGACGUAUAUCUCGCCCUAACUCUCUCCAACCUCAUCUCUCUGAAAGAAGUAGAUGAGACGCUGCUGACUAACGUGUGGAUCGACCAUGCAUGGACUGACUACAGGCUGUCCUGGAACCCCUCGGAGUUCGACGGCAUCAAGAUGCUUCGCCUGCCGCCCAGCAUGGUCUGGCUGCCGGAGAUCGUGCUGGAAAACAAUAACGACGCCCAGUUCCAGGUGGCCUACUACAGUAACGUACUGGUGGAUCCUACUGGUCUCUGCUACUGGUUGCCUCCUGCCAUCUUCCGUUCCUCCUGCUCCAUCAACGUCAACUACUUCCCCUUCGACUGGCAGAACUGCACGCUGAAGUUCACCUCUCUGACGUACAACGCCAAAGAGAUCAAGAUGCUGCUGAAGGAGGAUGGGAAUAAAACACAUAAUCACACAGUGGAGUGGAUCGUUACUGACCCGGAGAGCUUUACAGAGAACGGAGAGUGGGAGAUCAUCCACCGGCCGGCCAAGAAAAACACCUUCAAGCACAUUCCCAUGGAGAGCAACAAGCACCAGGACAUCACCUUCUACCUGGUCAUCAAACGCAAACCUCUCUUCUACAUCGUCAACAUCAUCAUCCCCUGUGUGCUCAUCUCCUUCCUGGCCUCACUGGUCUACUACCUGCCUGCAGACAGUGGUGAGAAGAUGACGCUGUCCAUCUCCGUGCUGCUGGCUCAGUCUGUCUUCCUGCUGCUGAUCUCUCAGAGGCUGCCGGAGACGUCCAUGUCUGUCCCGCUGAUAGUCAAAUAUUUGAUGUUCAUCAUGGUUCUUGUUACGAUCGUCGUGUUGAACUGUGUCGUCGUGCUCAACCUGCACUUCCGUACCCCCAGUACACACGUCAUGUCUGAAUGGACCAAGAAGUUUUUCCUUGAACGGCUGCCCCGGAUCCUCCAUAUGUCCCAUCCUGCAGACGAUGAGCCAAUGUGGGAUGGAGCGUUGCCACGACGAUCCAGUUCGGUCGGGUACAUCACUGCAGCAGAGGAAUAUUACAGCAUCAAGUCCCGCAGCGAGCUGAUGUUUGAGAGGCAGUCAGAAAGGCAUGGCCUGUCAAAGCGGCCCACGCACGCCUCAGUGUUGAAGCCGGAGGAAGGUGAUGGCGUGACGGAUCAGCUGUACGGAGAGAUCAAGCCGGCGGUGGACGGAGCGAACUACAUCGUCAAGCACAUGCGCAACAAGAAUGACUACAACGAGGAGAAGGACAACUGGAGCGGUAUCGCUCGUACAGUGGACCGUCUCUGCCUCUUCCUGAUCACCCCAGUGAUGACCUUUGGCACCAUCAUCAUCUUCCUGACGGGAAUCUGCAACCACCCCCCACACCUGCCCUUCAAAGGAGACCCACACGACUACAGCGAGGACAACCCCCGCCUGCUGUGACCCCGGCGCUCUCAACAGCAGUUCUGUUGCAGCUCGGUUCUGUUUGCUUGGCUCUUUUGUUACAGGUUCUGUUGCCGUUAUCAGCUUCAUAUUUUACUUCUGUGUCUUGAGUUUGAAGUGAGUAUUUUAUGCCUGGUUUGAUGUAACAUCUGUUUUCUGCAUUGGGAGCUCAGUCUGUGUCUCCAGGACACAAAACAUGUUUUAAAUGUUUCUUUUUUUUAAUAAUUGCCAAAGAAAUAUUGUAUAGCAACAUAAUUAGUUUUUAAAUAAAUGUUAUUUACUUCCACACUCACUAUACAUAAAAAAAUAUUCAUAACUUUUCAUAGUUUUUAAACUCUUAAAACCCGAUUUUAUUGAUUAAAGUUUAAUUGUUUAGGAAAAUUCAGGAAAAGUAACUUUUUAUUGGAUUUUCUUUGGGAUGGUAAUAUCCAAGCCAAAAAUCGGCAGGAAAAAAUCUUGCUUUGAUUCAUUUUAGGUUUUAUGAAGGCCUUUAUUUACCCCAGUCCUCACCAUACAUAACGAAUAUUCAUCCUUUUUCUGAAUUCGUAUUCCCCUAAAUGCCAGUUUUAACAAAUAAAGUUUAUUUUUUGUUUUGAAAUCAAAACCA